UGUCAUUUAAAUUUUGUUUGGCUCUUUAUCUAUUAGUUUUAUUUACGUUCAUUUAUGUAUUUUAUUAAUUUACUUUGAAAAUCCAUUUAUAGAUUUCCUAAAAAUAUCUAAUCUCAUUUGGUAAACAUUUUGUAGGAGAAUAUUAAAUAGAACAUUUCAAAAUUGCGAAACGAAGUUUUGUAAUGUUUCAAUUAAUAAAAGUUUAGAAUAUGUAUACAUUUAAUAAAAAAAAUAUAUUUUGUUUUACUCUAUUGAAUAUCUUUUAAACAUUUAAAGUCAAUUUAAUAAUUUGAUAUGAACAAUGACGUGCACAAAAGAAGAAAUUGAAAGAAAACGUUUAGCUGCUUUACAAAAACGACAAAACAAGAUUUGUGAUCAAAAUCUUUCACCGAUUAAUACUACGAUUAAACCUGUCGGUUCGCCAAGGAACUCUACACUUCUAAGCCCAGGCCCUAUAAAGGGAUUAUAUAAUGGCAAUCAAUCCAGAAACUUCCAUCCUUAUGCAAAACCUGGCAGCUCUUUAAGUACGUUACCCGAAAGUAACGUCCCUGUGGGCAAGGUUGUGACGGGCACCGUCUACUUGAUAUCUGAAAAUCGAUUUGAAGUGAAUCCUUCAGAGUUUUGCACCCCACUUAUUAAUAUCUUCAAGACAAUACCUUCUAAGAGUUAUGAUGCAAACACAAAAUUAUGGAAUUUCUCAAUAAGUGAUUAUCAAGAUUUAAUGAAUAAAGUGGCUUCCUUGGCGCCCCAUGUAGUACUGGGGUCACUACCGCCAUAUGUGUUAAAGAUACUAAAUGAGGAUGUAAUAGAUAUGGACUCGGUGGACUUAUCACCAAUAGAAGCUACAUUAAGACAUAAGUUGAUGCCGUUUCAAGAAGAAGGAGUUAGAUUUGGCAUAUCACGUCGUGGCCGCUGCAUGAUAGCUGACGACAUGGGCUUAGGCAAAACAUUUCAGGCUCUUGCCAUUGCCAGCUAUUACAGGCAUGACUGGCCAUUACUUAUAGUCACCACAUCUUCCAUGAGAGACACAUGGCAAACAAAAAUACACGAGCUCCUACCAUCCGUACCGUUGACGAACAUAGCAACAUUAACUACAAGUAAAGACGCGCAGCUCGUGGCCGAUAAACAUACAGAAGUUGUGAUCGUUAGCUACAAAAUCACCGGAAUGCAUACAGAUCUAUUGAAGAGCAAAAAUUUUGGUGUAGUUAUUAUAGACGAGUCGCACUACCUGAAGUCGCAUAAGGCGCGGUGCACGGCGGCGCUGGGCGGCAUCAGCCGGCGCUGCGGGCGCGCCGUGCUGCUGAGCGGCACGCCGGCGCUCAGUCGGCCCGCCGAGCUGUACACGCAGCUCGCGCUGCUGCAGCCGGGGCUCUUCGGCUCCUACACAGAGUACGGUAAGCGGUAUUGUGCCGGUAAACAAACUAAUUUCGGCUGGGACAUGUCGGGGCAGUCCAACUCGAUAGAGUUACAAAUAAUUCUACAGAAGAAAUUCCUUAUUAGAAGAACUAAAGACCAAGUGUUGACCAAACUGGAAGAGAAAACCAGGGAGACGGUAUUGUUGGAUCAGUCGUUACUAAAUUUCACAAAUGAGAACCGAAAAGAACUAUCGCAAAUGGCGGAGAAAUAUAAGUCCACGAAGUCGGAUAAGCACACAGCACUUAUUAAUUACUUUAGCGAGUCCGCUAAAGUGAAAAUACCGGCUAUUUGCAAAUAUAUCGAGGAGUUGCUAGCGGACGAGGGCACGGGCAAGUUCCUCGUGUUCGCGCACCACCGCGCCGUGCUGCGGGCGGUGUGCGACACGCUGGACGCGGCGCGCGCGCACUACGUCUGCAUCGUCGGCUGCACGCCCGCGCACGCCAGGCCCGAGCUGGUGGACAGGUUCCAGCACCACGAGUCUUGCCGGUGCGCGGUGCUGUCCAUCACGGCGGCCAGCGCCGGCCUCACGCUCACCGCCGCCGACCUCGUAAUCUUCGCUGAGCUGCACUGGAAUCCCGGGACGCUGACGCAGGCGGAGAGCCGCGCGCACCGGCUGGGGCGGCGCGGCGGCGUGCGCGCGCGCUACCUGCUGGCCGCCGGCACGGCCGACGACCUCAUGUGGCCGCUGCUGGCCGCCAAGCUGCACGUAUUGAACAAUGUUGGGCUCAGCAAGGACACGUUUGAAGAUACUACUGUCAGCCAUCAGGACAGCAAAAACAAUAUAACUGAAUAUCUCGGUCCGGGAAGUGCAGUAAAAAAUAAAAACGACUACAUCCCCGGUACGAAUAUAAGAAAAAACUCAGUUGUAUCCAAUGAUUCGACUUGCAAUACGAGUUUACAAGCACACAAUACCGAUGAUAAGACUGGAGAAAAUGGAAUAUCUGAUGAUGAGAAAUUAGCAGAUGCAUUCGGUGAUGAGUCGUUCUUUGAUGAAGAAGGGGAUGAAUUACUGGCCAAUAUUGAUUUAUGAUGUACACAGGUGUGAAUUGUUGUUUUUUGCAAGGAAUUAUAUUUGUUUUGGUCAA